AUGGACGUCGGCGACGAUACAAUCCCGGAGCUUCAGCCCAUCUUCACCUUCCUAAACAGCCAUUCCAACAAGCUGUACCAGGAGGGCUACUUUCUCAAACUCGACGAUCAAAACACACAUGGGCGGCCCAACCCAGACCGAACAUGGACGGAAUGCUUUGCGCAACUUGUAGGGACGGUCUUGUCGCUGUGGGACGCAGCAGAACUUGACGCAGCCGGCGAGGACGGCGAGGUGCUGCCCAAGUUUAUAAACCUGACCGAUGCCUCUAUAAAAAUGAUCGAAUCAUUGCCUACGAGAUCCAAUGACGAGCAACCACUCCAGAACAUCCUCAGCAUAUCAACGGCGGGGAGGAACCGAUACCUGCUUCAUUUCAACUCGCACCAUUCCUUGUUGCAAUGGACGGCGGGCAUUCGGUUGGCCAUGUUCGAACAUUCAACAUUGCAAGAAGCGUACACGGGCGCACUGAUUGCCGGCAAAGGCAAGACUGUGAACAAUAUCAAUCUCAUCAUGGAGAGGGCAAGGUUCAAGACAGAGGCAUGGGUGCGCGUGCGAUUUGGUGCCGGGGUUCCAUGGAGACGCUGCUGGUGCGUCAUAUCACCGCCGGACGAGAAGGAGUUCCAGAAGUUCCAGAAGGAGAUGAGAAAGAGAUCACCGUACGACCAUUCAAAACCACCUGUGCUCAAAGGCGAUGUCAAAUUCUACGACACCAAGAAGGACGGAAAGAAACAGAAGAAGACCAAGCCGAUCGCCUCUAUAACGGAUGCUUACUCCUGUUACGCCAUCUACCCUCAGGCCAAGUCUCUCAUCGACGCCUCGACCCUGAUCAAGAUUGAGUGCAACAUCACCAUUCAUUCCGAGCCGCCAUCGUCGACCGAAGGCUUCGUCUUCAUCAUGCCUGAAGUACCCCCAGCUGUGAACGGAUUCGAGAUGCUGCUGCGAUUCAUGUUCCCGACGUGGGAUACUUUCGGGCUGUACGGCCGUCCCGGGCGCCUGGUAGCGAGUGUCUUGGACUCGAGAUCGCUCAUGUUCGCCAUGCCAAAACAUAGGAGAUAUGGUUACCUGGAGAUACUCGAUGUGACGAAUUUGAUUCUCACCGAGGGCAGUGGCUCAUGGUCGGAGAGGGACUGGAAGAAGAAGCUAAAGGAGCUGACGGGUCAAAGGAUGAACGCCGUAGACGAUACGCCAGCCGCAGCUCGCAGCGAUAGCCGCAGGAGCAAGCGUCUCAGCAUCGGCCCUUCUGUGCCAGGUGGCGCGAGGUCUCGAGGAGUGGGUUUUGCGGACGACGGGCCUUCCGUGAGAACUUCUCGAUCGUUUUCUGCCUCGACCCCUGGUCCGCGUAAUGACUCGGCCCCUCCCGGUGAUAGGGCUCGUGCGCCGGGCGCCUUGGCCGGAGUGACUGGCCAUCAGCGCAACAGCUCAGAUACCCAAAUUCGGGGUCCAAGCAGUCUCGAGGGCUUCGCGCCCCACCUCCAAGCAGAACGACAAGGCCCAACACCGCCGCGCGGCCAUACACCCAUACGCUUUGCAAAUGAUCUUGCUUCAACACCAGAGCGUGUCAGUUCGGAAGAUGAGCAACCAGGCAUGGCUCCGCCAGUGCGAGAUCUGGAGGGCUUACACAACAUGAGUACUCCGGAGCCUGUUGCACCGCCGUCCUUUCAACAUGCAGCCACGGCUCGGCCCCAGAGAGCCUAUCAUUCCCCAGAACUCCGGAGGGCCACAAGCCGUUUGUCGAGUGCGACCCUGCAGCAGCUGGGUGUUGCCCUUCAGACCAACACAGAUCCUGCUCUGAUGGAAGGUGGCGGGGAGAGAUACAGCGAUGAGCAUAGCGCAGGAUCCUCGUCUGGGCCAGCAGACCCUCGGGGCUUAGCGGUACAUACCAACGCUUAUGCUAACUCGGUAGGAAUGUCUGCUAAUGAGAACCGAUCUCGUGAAGGACUGAGUGUCCCCGGCGGUAACCCCACUCCGCCGCGGUCUCCUGGCAUGCCUCCACCACAGAUGAGCCUUGAACAGAAGAGGUCCAGAUCACCUCUGGCACCUGGCGCUCCUCGAGACGGACAGAGACGCCCCUCUCCAGGCCCAGGCCCAGGGCAAGGCCCAGGCCCAGGGCCCGGUCAGGCUCCCUAUCCGCCGAAUCAAGGUGGCAGAGGUCAGUUCCCUCCCGGUCCAGGGUCCCAAGGGUCACGCGGGCCUCCGCCUCCACCUCAUGGAGGCGGUCGAGGUCGUGGGAUGCCUCCGCCUGGUUAUUCGCAGGACAACAGGGGACCGCCGCCUGGAAUGAUGGGGCCGCCUGGUCCUCAAAAUCCGCAUCAACCUUAUCAGGGCUAUGGAGCGGGUGGUCCUCCGCCUCAUAGUCGAAGGACGCCACCACCCGGAGCUCAGCGAAAGCCACUUCCUCCGCUGCAAACAGCCACGUCCCCGCCGAUCCAUCGGAAGCCUCUGCCAGCGCGGACAGAUAGUCUCCAGUCCAAGGCCGCAUCUUCACGCAACGGAUCCUCGCGAAGCAACACAGGCGAUGUAACGCCCGUUUCUCCAUCAACCAACAGUAGUCUUCGCAAUCAUAUUCUGGACGAGGCUGCUUUUCAGCUGGUUAACUCUCCAGAGGCGCACCGUCGUGACUACGACCAACAGGACUCAUUGCGGCAAAGGCAGCGUCAGGGAACAAUGAGGAGUGAGGCCAGCAGCAAUUAUGAUGACACUGCAUCAACGGAUAGCCCCGACUAUGCUAGCACCCGCAAGUCUACCGAGACGCAGGAAUCCAGGGAGCGGCCUCGUGCCGGUGUGCUCAAGACGGUUGGAGACACAGCAGCGUCCGACUCCGGUUCUGGCAGGUCACGAGUUGAUAUGCCUGAUAUGAACUUUGGUCCUACACUCAACCUUGCUCAUGGUGUGGACCGGACUGUGGCCGGCGGGCCUUGGGUGCCACCUAACCCACCUGCGGCUCAGCCUCCGAGGUCAUACUCUCCUGGACCGCGGAAGACGCCCGUUCCCACAACACCCAGUGCGAAUAUCACACCUUUCACAGCUGAAUUCAGCCACGCACGCAAUGAGUCUGAGGACACGCUUAAGCGUCGGAGCAUUGCAUGGACGCCUGGCGUGGCAGCCGGUGGGGGCAGCGGCCGAGAUGGUGCACUUUCUCCGGAGGAGUUUGUAGCACAAAGAGCGGCCGCAGCAGUUCCACAGUAUGCCCACCAGCGUACUCCUUCGGGCAACGCGCUUUCACAGAUGGCGUCUUCUCCGCCAAUGAAGCGCACGGGCAGCCAGGACUACCUCACCAAACGGCACUCGAGGUCCAGCAGCGUGGAUCUGCUACAACGCCCUCCCUCCCAAGGCUCAGGUAACAUACUGGGAAUGAACGGCAGCGGAGCCACGAGUGCGACUCUGUCAGCACGCGAGCAAGAGCAUCUAGCCCGAACUACAGGGACGCCGUUGAUCAGUAUGGCUACUAACAACAGCCCUGGACAACAGGCCCAGGGGCCAGGCCUUGUGGGAGCGAUUGAUGCGCGUGAGAGGGAAAAAGCUCAGAUGAAGCAGGGCUACCAGUCUCAGACCGUCCAGAACGCUAUCCACCAGCGCCAGCAGCAACAGCAGUACGCUCAGCAGCAGCAAUACGCACAACAACAGCAGCAAUACGCUCAGCAGCAGAUGUACGGAGCAGCGUCGAACAUGAGCAUUGGAAAUGUGAGCAGCAUGGGCAUGAGUCCGAUGAACGCUCAAGCUCCGUCGAUGUAUGGUGGCAGCAUGGGAAUGCAGAGUAACAUGGGAUAUAACACGGGCAUGGGUCGUGGAGGAUACCCUGCACAGCAGCCCGGCCCGCCACGGUCAGCGACUCUGUCUCCUCCGCCUGUUGGUAUAGGUAUGCCUAUAAGUCCCAUAAGCCCACGCUCCAUGAGCCCAGGGCCUCGCUACGCCAUGAGCCCUCCACCUAUGCAGCAGGGUGGACCUCAGUAUGGCCAACCCCAGGGUGGUUACGGGAACCCCGGCAUGCAGCCGCCCAUGCGGAUGAACAGCCCUGGUCCUGGACAGGGUCCGAUGAGAAUGGCCUCUCCAGGCCCUGGUCAGAUGAGGAUGGCUUCUCCAGGUCCGGGACAGAUGCGUAUGAACAGCCCCGGCCCGGGUGCAGGUCCGAUGAGGAUGCAGAGUCCUGGCCCAGGUCAGAUGAGGAACGCUUCUCCUGGCCCGGGAGGAUUCAGUCGACCCAUGAUGACUAUGCCCCCACCGGGACAGUUCGUGCCGCAGGGUCCUCGUACCCCAGGCACGCCGGGGACCCCACGGGGCCCAAUGCCGCCGCAUCAGGGACAUGCCUUCUAA